AUGUAUCGGACGGAGAAUUCGCUAGAAGUAUGGAUUCUGGAAGCCAAAGGUGUCCCGGUGAAGAGGAAAUAUUACUGCGAGAUAUGUCUCGAUAAAACACUCUACGCACGCACAUCGGUGAAACCUCGCGCGGACGCAAAAAAGAAGAAGGAUCGUUCGACGUUGAUCGGUUAUGUUCAGAUCAAAAUUGAUCAGCUCAAUACGCGACAUCCGGUGGAACGAUGGCAAGCUCUUUGUUUUAUUUCUUUUUUUUUUUGA